AUGGGUGAGGUCCGUAAGCUUGUGAGAGUAAAACUGCUCUUCACCACACCUUGCCAUCCAAGUGGUAACGGAAGAGUGGGAAGGAUGCACUCCACUCUGAAGGCGUGCCUCCGGAAACUGUGCUCUGAAAAACCGCGUGAGUGGCUCCGUUAUCUCCCUGCCACCUUGUUCGCCUUGAGGGAGAUGCCAAGUGACAGGACCGGAUUCUCGUCUUUUGAGCUUCUUUACGGUAAGGCAGAUGAUGAUCGUUCCUGUUUUCAAUAUGUAAUAGAGCUGAAAGACAAAUUGGCUGAAUCUUCACGGAUUGCUGCUGAGAAUGCUGCCAUCAGUGUUGCUCGGUAUAAAGCAUAUUUUGCCUUUAAAUCACAGAAAUCACAGGAUCGAAAGUUCAAAUCUGGAGAUGAAGUUCUGGUGCUCCUGCCUGACACUACCUACAGUCUCCUGAUGGGCUGGGCUGGCCCAUAUAGCGUACUUGAAAAGAGAACCAGCUGUAGCUACCUGAUUGAUGAAAACGAGGCCGAUACCAACUUGAACUUCUCACCGCUUGAGGAAGGGGUUACAGAGAACCUCCAGAUCUCCUUCCAGUAUCGCCUGACGGCCGCGGAGAUGUAGAAGAGAUGGACACUCCUAGUUCCCCUGAGCUUGAAAGUACAUUGACGGUUUCGCAAAAGAAUGACUUGAUGUCUGACUUGAUGUCUCUUCUGUCUGACUUUUGGGAUGUCUUCACUGAAACCCCUGGAUGUUCAUCUACUAUAAUGCAUGGCAUAGAAGUAUGUUCUUCGGAGCGUGUAAAGUGCAAAUUGUAUCUGAUCCCUAUACAUCUAAAGUAUUAUUUUGAAGAGGAGGUUGACCAACUUCUCCAGCAGGGAAUCAUCCAGCCAUCUUCAUCUCCUCAUUGCUCCCCAGUUAUGGUAAGGAAAUCGACAGGCAGCUAUCGUAUGGCCAUCGACCAUAGAGUUCUGAAUGCCAUCACAGUUUUCAAUGCAGAAUCUAUCAAUACCAUAACUGAAGAUCUCCGUAAGUUUCGAGGGAGUAGGUAUUUCAGUGAAAUUGAUCUAACUAAAGCCUAUUAUCAGAUUCCACUCACUGAUAGAGCUAAGCCACUUACAGCCUUUCCCACUCACAAAGGGCUAAUGGAAUUCUGCUGGCUCCCAUUUGGUUUAGUUACAGCUUGUGCCACUUACAUCGGAUUAAUGAGGAUCGUCUUAGCCGGACUAACUGGAGUACCUCAAGUCCGUACUUUGGCGUCUUCGAGAACACGGCUUCACUGCUUGCGUAUCGAAGUGUCGAUUCGGGUUCGGAUGCAUCCAGUAUCUGGGCUUCAUUGUGGACGGUAAGACGCUUCGUCCUCAAAAUGAUAGUCUCUGCCAUUUCUUCCUGCAGUCCCCCAAGUACCAAAAAGCUACUUCGAUCCUUCUUGGGUAUGGUAUCUUUAUCAAGACUUUAUCCCCCAGGCUUCUUCCUACACAAGUUGUCUGUCUGACCUUCUCCGCAAGGGUGUCACCGAGCCUCUCGCCUCUGCCUCCAGAAGUAUUCUCCCGUGAUGCCCUGCUCACCGCUCGCUUUGGGGGACCUGAGCCGGUCUCCUGGCAGCCGUGUCUAGCCAGCCUGAGUCCAGACCAGCCUUUGGAUGAACCACCAUACCACUCGGCCUUGCUGGUGGUUCUACAUCCACCUACUGUUUCAAUCUUGGUCACCGCUGGAUACCGCUCUGCCUACUCUCCACCCCUACACCCUGCUCCAUUCCUCGUCAUCUCCUUGGGGUCCUGUACCCGUGUGCUGCCCGGGACGGCCGUGUGUGAAGUGGAUGGGCGUGGUACCAGCGCUAGAGCAACUACCUCUCUAAGGGGGCGACCAACGUCCGUAUAGUUCGUGUGUGUUGGAGAAGGAGUGCUCUUUUUUUUCAUUAAAGUGGUACUUUCU